GCCAGAACGGAUCGCCGCCGGUUCCCAGACGAAACUAAUCCCCGCAAGACCUACAAAAAAAAAUAUAAAUAUACAAGAAGCAUCCAAACCAGAUAGGAAAAAAGUGAAAAUGUCGCUGAUACCGUUCAUACUAGAUUUGGCCGAGGAGCUGCACGAUUUCAAUCGCAGCCUGGCAAUGGAUAUAGAUGAUUCGACCGGGUUCGGGUUGUAUCCGCUGGAGGCCACCUCACAGUUGCCACAGCUGAGUCGGGGGUUGGGGCGUGGGAAUGCGAUGAUGUGGGUACCCAUCAAGGGUCAGGCGACGGCGCAGCAUCGUCAUCAUCCGUACAAUCGUGUGGCCGGAGCCAAGACUGUGUGCUGCAAUAAGUCGCUCGUGGAGCUGGAAAAGGAACUGGGCGAUAAGGGCACUUCCGGGGCAAGUGGCAGCGCCAGUGGCCAGCCGGCGGCCAGCAAAUCCGCCUACUCUGUGGUGAAUAGGAACGGCUUCCAGGUGAGCAUGAAUGUGAAGCAAUUCGCCGCCAACGAACUGACUGUUAAGACCAUCGAUAAUUGCAUCGUGGUCGAGGGUCAGCACGACGAGAAGGAGGAUGGCCACGGGGUGAUCUCGCGCCACUUCAUCCGCAAGUACAUCCUGCCCAAGGGCUAUGAUCCCAACGAGGUGCACUCGACCCUCUCGUCGGACGGCAUUCUGACGGUCAAGGCGCCGCCACCACUUCCAGUCGUCAAAGGAGGCCUGGAACGACAGGAGCGCAUCGUGGACAUCCAGCAGAUAUCGCAGCAGCAGAAGGAUAAGGAUGCGCAGCCGCCAAAGCCGGCUGAGGUAGAACAGCAGGCGGCAGCUAGUGCUACCACUUCCACUUUAAAUCCGACUGCACCCACACCCACACCUACACCCACUUCCACUCCCACCCCAUCGCUCUCGCUCACUCUCGCCGAGAGCAACGGCAAUGGUCAGGAAGAGACAGAGAUGGAAAUGCCGGCUCUUUCGCCCUCCCUUUCCAGCGAGGCUGCUGCUCCUGCCGCUGCUGUUGCAGUGGAAACCCCUUCCACUGCAGGAACCACUUCCAGUGCCAACAAUGGCGUUGCAGAACCAGAGUCAAUGGAAGUGGCGGUUGCCAAAAACGAAGAGACUGCCAAAGUGGAUGAACCCACACCCAAUCCCGUUAUAAGCAGCGAAGGGGAGCAAAAGGCAGAGGAUGCAAAUGCCAACGAAGUGCCCGUUGCCUCGAAUAACGGGAAUGGAGCAGUCGCAGCACCCGAGGAUGUAGAAAUGCCGCUGGCCAAGAAACCGGAAAUCUCCACGGAGGACAGCAAAGGGGAGCAGGCGGAGAAGGUGGAUAAAGUAGAGAAAGUGGAGGAGAAGGGUGGCGAGGAACUGGCCGCCGUGGAUGCGGCCAUACUUCUGGCCAAAAACCAGGGCGAAAACGGAGCCACUGCAGCCAAAACCGAGGAACUGGCCAAGUGAAGACUGAACUAAAAAAAAAACUUAAAUGAUAAUUAAGAACAAAUAAUAAUCUGCACGGUUAGUCGUGUGUUUUAUUCCAUACAUGUUUCUUGUGUUUUCUUUUGCAUUUCACACGAAUAAAAAGAACCGAGAAAGCUGCCGGGAAAAGCACUUAAUUACUAAGCGUGGGAGAUAGCGGGCGAUAUAUGGAUCCGGCUGUUUCUUUUGCGCUCUUUCUAGAAAAUUGCAACAACUCCCUAGAAACUUCGGUUCUCUCACGCAUACACUGCUCUCUUUUUACGCACAAACAACAAUUACUUCUUUAAACUCCCGAAACUCGCGGCUUCAAUUGGAAAAGCUCCAGCGGGUAUAAAAGCAGCGCCGCUUGGUGAACAGAGCACAGAUCGAAUUUAAAAAUCGAACAGUAAAGAAAUCCGUGCAACUUUGCCCAAAAGCAAAACUUAAAAAAAGAAAAAAAGGAUUUAAUACUUUU